GAAUGGCUAAAGAUAGACAUUGGCCAGUUGGAGUUGGAUUGGCAGAUUGAGACGUCCCGCCAGCUCGCCAGCCGAUUAUCUGUCUGUCCUCGCCGUUCAGCAAACAACAGCCCUUUCCCCAGUUUCUCUCUUGAGAGCGAUAAAGCCUACCGCGCAGUAUGCCCGCAGACUUUAGUGGCAAGUGGGUCUCGUCUGGAAAACAAGAAGGAUGGGUAGCCUUUCUGGCCAAGUUUAACAUUCCCAUCGAUAAGAUCCCACCCGACAUUAAAGUCACGGAGGAGAUCACCCAGAGCGGUAAUACCAUCACCAUCAAGACCACCAACAACAAGGACGACAAGGUCAAAGAGGUGACCAUCACCGUGGGCACCAACCACAAGGACACGGUAGCGCCGGGCGUGGAGAUGGAGUUCACCACGGCUUGGGAGGGAGACAAGCUGGUUCUGAAGAAAGUAGGCGGGAGCGGUGGCUCCACUCGGGAGCUUGUUGGCAAUGAGAUGGUGGUCACCCUGGACGCUGAUGGUACAAUUGCCAAAAGCUAUUACGACAAAGUUUAAGCGUACAAUAAGAUUAUGAGCAGCCAGUUUGGUAUUUCAAUGAGGCUAUGACAAGGUCAUUUGAGAACAAAAUGCGUGCGGUUCCGCAUAAGGCAUAUGGUCUCGCUGAUGGGGUAGAUCUUGCGCAUGCGAGUAAUGCCGUUCCCGAAUGACCUCGGACGCGCCUCAUUUGGGCAUGCGCUUUUGAAUACCGAACUUGUGCAUUACAAUAUCAUACAGAUUCAAACCCAGGCAAAAGAGGUUGUUGUUUUUUUCAUUUUAUGUGGACAAGAUACCACAUACCGCCAGGACAGCUAUCCCGUAGGUCAAAACUCUGCAAUAGGAACGGCCAUCUUUAAAACAAGAAAAAAGAAAAAAAUCUCGAUUUCAGAUUUUGCCAGGUUUGUGUGGAUCUGAAAUCCCUGUAAUUUUGGUUUGAUAUAAAAGGAACGCAGUUUAAGAAUGUGUCAUGAAAGGCACCUGCCUUUUAAUUAUGUUGGGAGUUUGUUCGAAAGGAAAUUUAAGGUUCUAGAAAGGGGCACCUGUGUUUGAGCUAAAAGUGCUGAACUCUAAUCUAAACUAUGUGGCCAAACUGUUGGUACAGUCCAUUCCAUUCACUUUUCAGAUACUGUUGAAGCCAUCCUCGGGAGAGAAAAAAGCUUAGAUUGAUCACGAGGAAUCAGAAUGAGUAAAAUAAUAUCCUCCUGGCUACAUUCAGUACGGUAUUGAGUCUCCAUUAAAUUUAGCAAUAUUCCUGAACAAUUCCAUGUAUUAUGAUCAUGUUGGCUUUUGAUACCCUGUUCGAUGAUUCAUCAGUCAAAAACUUGAAGGGAAAAGAAAAUUAAAUAUGAUUAAGAUUA